AUGACAGACGCGAAAAGGGCCGACGAUGCCGUACCAGAGGUCCAACAGGGCGACAACAGGCCGCACAGUCCUGGCCCGGAGAAGGAAGGGCAGGUUAACUACGCGGCCGUCGACAAGGAGGUGGCUCAAUACAUGUCCGAUGUCCGCAUCGACAUCUCCCCCGAGGAGAACAGGCGUCUGCUCCGCAUGAUUGACCGCCGCGUUCUGUCGAUUAUGGUCUCGACGUACUUUUUACAGGCCAUAGACAAGGGGACCAUCUCGUUUGCGUCUAUCAUGGGCAUCAUCCAGGACGCCGGGCUGCAGGGACCAGAGUACAGCUGGCUCACGACGUGCGUCUACAUCGCCAUCCUCUUCGUCGAGUACCCGCAGAACUGGAUCAUCACGCGCGUGCCCAUCGCAAAGUACCUCUCCUUCAGCAUCCUGGCCUGGGGCGCCGUGCUGGCGUGCCACGCGGCCUGCACCACCUUUGCCGGCCUCGUCGUGGUGCGCACGCUCCUGGGCAUCUUCGAGGCCGUGUGCCAGCCCGCCUUCCUCGUCAUGUCGAGCAUGUGGUACCGGCGCGAGGAGCAGGCGGCGCGCGUCACGUACUGGUACAUGAUGAACGGCGCCCAGCAGGUCGUCGGCGGCCUGCUGGCCUACUGCUUCACCCUCAUCACGUCGGGCCCGCUCAAGAGCUGGCAGUGGCUGUUUUUGGCCUACGGCAUCAUCUCGGUCGCCUUUGGCGGCUUUGUCGGCUGGUGGCUGCCCGACUCGCCCAUGCGCGCAAAGUGCUUCAGCGAGGCCGACAAGAAGCUCAUGGUCGAGCGCGUGCGCGACAACCAGACGGGCAUGCAGAACAGAAAGUUUAAGAAGGAGCAGGUCUUUGAGUGCCUCCGCGACCCGCAGGUUUACGCGUACGCGUUGAUUGCGCUAUGCACCACCCUGCCGACUUCUGGCCUCGGAGCGUACCAGGGCCUGGUCAUUGUCGGGUUCGGCUUCAACCGGCUCGAGGCGCAGCUGCUGGCCAUGGUCCUAGGCUUUUAUAUCCUGAUUGUGCUUUUGAGCUCCGUGUGGAUCGUCAAGAAGACAGACCAGAGCCUCCUGGUCAUGCUGGGAUUCGUGAUCCCAUCCUUCAUCGGCACGAUCCUCAUCAUGACGCUUGACCUAACUGAGGACCUCGGCCGACGGGUCGGCUUGCUCAUCUGCUACUACAUCACGCUGUCGUUCUGGUCGGCCCAGACGCUUUCUCUGUCCAUGAUCUCCCGAAACGUCGCCGGGCAGACCAAGAAGUCGGUCGCCAUCACCAUCAACUUUCUUGCAUGGUCGGCCGGCAACAGCAUUGGCCCCCAGGUCUUUCUAUCAUGGAACAAGCCAAAGUAUUUUAUCGCGUUUGCGACGCACCUCGGCUGUUAUUCCCUCUUGGUCAUUGUUAUAGUCAGCCUUCGCUUUUAUCUGACCUACCAGAACAAGCACCGAGACAGGCUGGCGGCGGAGGGCGUGAGCGAGGCCAGGGACGAGAACAUGACGCGGGCGUUUGACGACCUAACGGAUAAGGAGAACCUCAACUUCCGCUACAUGUACUGA